AUGCGCCGCCGCCCGCCGGGCCCCGCCGCGACCCCCGCCCGGCCCGAGGGGAGCCCCGGCGGGGCCAGGGCUGCGCGGCGGCUGCGGCGGCGCGGGGGAGCCCCGCGGCUGCUGCCCGACGUGCGGAGCAUCUUCGGGGCGCCGGGAGAGCCCCCCGAGCGCGGCCGCGGGCACCGCUUCGCCCCGCGCCUGCCGCGCCGGGGAUGGUGCGACCUGUGCGGGGAGGCGGUGCGGGAGCGGGCCCUGCGCUGCGACUACUGCAGGUACACGUGUCACCAGGAGUGCCGCAGCCUCAUCCAGCUGGAUUGUCGCCGGCCGGGCCAGUGCCAGAGCCAACUGUCCCCAGAGAGCACCCUCAGGGUGCCACCCUGCAGCCAGAAUGUGACACAAACGGUAGAAGAAGAAAAACCUGAGCCUCCAACCGUCCAGGAGAUCAAACAGAAGAUUGAAAAGUACAAUGCAAAGGUCACCAACUGCCUGCUGAUGAAACUGAACGAUGAUGGGACCUACACAGGGUUCAUCAAGGUGCACCUGAAGCUGCGGCGGCCGGUGACGGUGCCAGCCGGGAUCCGGCCCCCGUCCAUCUACGAUGCCCUCAAGGAGGUGAACCUGGCUGAGAUGACAGACAAGAGGACCUCCUUCUACCUGCCCCUGGAUGCCGUCAAGCAGCUGCACAUCAGCAGCACCACCACGGUGAGCGAGGUGAUCCAGGGGCUGCUGAAGAAGUUCAUGGUGGUGGAUAACCCCCAGAAGUUUGCACUUUUCAAGGAGAUGAGGAAAGAUGGGCAAGUGCUCUUCCAGAAGCUUCCUCUGACCGAGUACCCCCUGUACCUGCGGCUGCUGGCAGGCCCUGACACCGACACGCUGAGCUUUGUGCUGAAGGAAAACGAAACAGGGGAAGUUGAGUGGGACGCCUUCUCCAUCCCGGAGCUGCAGAACUUCCUGAUGAUCCUGGACAAAGAGGAGAAGGACAAAAUCCAGCAAGUGCACAAGAAGUAUGAGAGGUUCAAACAGAGACUGCAACAGACCCUGAAAGAGGCCAGAGGCAAACCUGGAUAA